AUGACUGAGUCCACCGCGCGCUUGGUGGUGAAGAACUCCUUCCUGGAGUUGGUGGAAGAGUGCCAACGGGUGUCCUGCCGAGUGCAAGGUGGUACGCGCAGCGAGUCCGAUCUUCCAGACCUGCGCGUCAGCCAAGAGCUGAACGGGCUCACAGAUGACGACACUGACAUCGAAAGUUGCGCCGACUCCCCGGAUUACUUCCUCGAGGAUUCUGACACAGAGGUCAGCUCCGAGGGACUCUCGAAGAGGAGGAGCUGGAGCGACCUCCAGGAGAGGAAGAAGCCAGGAAGUCUUUCAGCGACACAGGCAGCGAGGCAGCUGACAGCUGCUCGUGGGAAGGAGGCAAAACACAGGGGGACGUUCCUGUGA